AUGAGUGAAACGAGUGAUUUAAGUGACUUUAGAUCAGAUGAUGACCAGAGUGAAUAUGAGCCCCCACCCCCCCCAAGAAAACGAAAAAAGAAGUUAAAGAAUGAAAACUUGUGGAAAAAAAAUGUGCGAAAGUUAAAGAGAAGUUUGGGUGAAGAAUACACAUCAGCUCGAGGAAAGAAGGUAUCUAAAAAGGUUUUUAAACAUGUCACCACGUGUUGUUCCAAAAAAUGUUGUAUUAAGCUCGAUCAAAAUGCACAGAGAAGACUUUUUUGUGACUUUUGGAAUAUAGGUGAUAAAGCUCACCAAGAUUCCCUCUUAUUGUCGUGUUUAGAAAAAGUGUCAAAGUUGAGAGAGAAUGUUGGGCCUGGCAAGUUGAAACGAGAUAAUCAAUGGAAAUACUUUUUAACUGUAGAUGGUUUAAAGAUAAAUAUUUGCAGAAAAUUAUUACUGUCGCUACUGAAAAUAUCGGAAAACGGUUAA